AUGUUUCCUUCAGCUGAGGAAAAUCAAAAGUUAGAUAUUGUUGGGUUUGAGUUUUCUUAUGGGUCAGAAUCUGAUGAUGAUUUUGAGGAUGUGAGACAGCCAAGGGUAGAUGUUGACAAGACUGGUAGUUCUAGAGUUGAGAAAAAAGCUACUAUAAGUCUAGCUGUGUUGGAUGAGCUUAAAGAUUCGGUGUUGGGGCUUGUAGUUAGGCAAGUUGGAUUGGAGUGUGUUUUGAAAGAAUUUCAUAAGGAAGUUGAUGAAAAAUUUGCAUUACUUGAGGAAAAUUUGAAGGGUUACAUUGAUCGUAAAGGUAGAGAGGAUUUAACUUUUUAUUUUGAUACGAAGUUUUCAGAAUUGAAAGAUUUAAUUAAAGAUAGUAUUGCGAAUGUUGUACCACAGAGUAAUGAAGAUGACGAUGAGGAUGAUGGUGGUGGUGGUGGCGUUGGUAGUCCCCGUAACCUAGAUGACAUUAGUGAUGAUGUUGAGCUUACUGUUAAGAGGGAUGCUGAAGAUGCUGGUGAUGUGAAGGAUGGCGAAGAUUGUGUUGGUGGUGACGGUGAUGUUUAUAAGGUCUGGAAAUUAAAAAACAUUUCUGAGAUGUCUGUGAAAGAAGUUGAUAGUCAAGAUUUUGCUGGUUUAUCUUCUUUGGAAAAGGAUAUGCCAAAUUUUGACAUAUUGGGUGGACUUGAGGGAAUUGCUAAGAAGGUUAGUGCGGGUACCGAUGAUGGUUUUUCAGAAUCUGUGAUGGCUGUUAUAAAUCAGGAGGUGGAUGAUGACAAGAUUAAGGUUUGUGAAUCUCCGAAAUCAAAGAGGGCUCAUAAGCCUAGUCUGGUUUUACAGAGUCCUUACAGAAAUGAUUUUGGGUCUUCUGGUAGUAAUGAAAAGACGAAGAAAAAGAAUGUUAAAGGUCUAUAUCCGUUUAAUUCUGGGUUGUUUGAUCCUCCGCACGAACUUCAACAAAAGGCAUUUGAUGAGUGGUUAUGUGUUGGGUUCAAGGAUGAGAAUAAGAAGAAGAAGUUUGUUCAAGGGAAUAAUCUUUUUAGUCCUGCUUUAGAUUUUUGCAUUGAUAGUGUUCAGGACAAGUGGUUGUUUUAUGAUCUUUUGACCCCUAGGAGGUGCCUUAGUGACUCGCAUAUGGAUGUAAUAUUUUACUACUUGCGAAAGAAGUUGAAGUAUGAUUCUAAUGUUGCAGUGUCUGCAACAACCACAGAUUAUCAUUUCUGUUUUAAGGUGGUUGAAUUGUAUGAUAAGUUUGUCAAGUCUGGAAACAAGAUUGAUGUUGUCCCUAAGAGUAACAUUGUUACUGAAUACAUGAGUGGGUAUUACAUGUGUCUCAAUGUUUAUAAUUCCUUAGGGUCUAGACAUGAGUUGGACAGGAAAACAGCUGGUUAUGUCAAGCCAUUUGCAGUGGUGUUGCCUAUAUGUUUGUCAUUCAUUGACUAUUACAGUAGGAGGAUGGAUAUUGACACAAGCCAAGGAUUUUUUAAAGGGAAAAAGGAGGAGGACAUGCUUGAUGUUUUUGUUGUUACUAAGUUACCUCAGCAAGUAGACAAUGAUUGUGGCUUGUUCGUGGCUAAGUAUGCUGAUUUCUUUAUUCAUGGAUGUAUUGACAAACUUCCAAAUCCUCUAGAUGUGGGGUUUUUUAGGAGGAAGCUCGUUGUUGAGUUGUAUGUUCAUGCCAAGAAGAAGCUGUUGAAUGAUUAUGAUUCUGAGUCUGAGUUUCCUGGAGGAUUCCAAAAGCUUGACUGGAUUGAAGGGGUUUUUGCAGUUUUAUACCUUUGUUUCUUUGGCCUUCCUGCUGGUCUCUUGUAUAUUGGUGGCAAUACUUGUAGUUGUUUGAUGUUAUCAGGCAAGUCCCAUGUCUUUGGGUCACCUAUUGGUAACACAGAACCUUCAUAUGUUGCAAGAAAUGCUUCUUUUGGCCAUUGCAUGAGAACAUGGCAUUUUAUCAUACUGAAAUCAUUGACACGUGCAUGUUCUGUUUUGGAUAUCCACAAUAUAGGAGUUUUGCAAUUCUUUUACUGUGUAUAUGACAAGAUUGGAUGUUUGCACAUGUGA